AUGGCUGAGAAGGCUGGCGCAUAUGGUACCAAGGCCGGCGACACUGAUUUCAGGAAGAAAUGGGACAAGGAAGAAUAUGCUGAACGGGCGCGGAAAAAGGACGAUGAAGAAAGGACCAGAAUGCAAGAAAACGAGGAGCGCAUGAAACAAGGCAAGAAACCCCGCAAGGCCCCAAAAGAGGACCUUCCGAAGCCGACAGAGCUCAUGAAACGUCGAGAAACCUCUCUCGAACUGGACAAAAAUCUCGGAAAAACCAUGGUUGUGCAGAAUCCCGGCGCAAGAGGGCCGGGGCAGCCUGGUUUCUUCUGUGAGACUUGCGGUCGGAACUACAGGGACAGUACGGGUUAUUUGGAUCACAUAAAUAGCAAAGCACAUCUCAGGAAACUUGGUCAGACGACCCGUGUGGAGCGCUCUACCCUCGAACAGGUUCGCGCUCGAAUAGCAUACCUACGGGAAAAAACCAAAGAGGCAUCAUCUGCCAAGGCUUUCGAUUUUGAUCAGCGGCUUGCAGAGGUCAAAGCAAAAGAAGAUGCUCGACGAGCGGAGAAGAAGGCUCAAAAGCAGGCUCAAAAGGAGGAGGCUCGCCUUGCACUUGCUAAAGACUCUGCUAUGGACGGUGAUGAUGAAAUGGCGAAGCUCAUGGGCUUCGGUGGCUUUGGAUCCACCAAGAAAUGA